GGCGCGCGCGGCAAAUGGCGCUACCUUGGAAAUUAUAGAGGGACCUUACUAAAGGCGCUCGUCGAGCGUCACCUGCCGCCGCGGAGUGCAGAGAAGAGUUAGGGGGCUGCUACUAGCGUCCCUGGGUGGCGCCACCGUCUUCCCAGCCGGUGCGCGCCGCAUCGGUGGCCGGCGGAGCAAAGGCGAGGGUGCCGCGGCUGGUCUCGUUGUGGUGUGCGGUCCUGCGGAGUGCUGGCCCGGUGGCGAAACCAAACAAACGGGUACACAUGUGAACAACAAGGAAUAUGGCAGGUGCGAAAUCGGGCGUUCACGUGCUCCAGCUCAAACCCAUCAGUGUGUCCAAGAGCCUGCAAGAGGGCAACAAAUUCGUCAAGUGGGACGACGACUCCGCGCUGGGCACGCCAGUAACGCUUCGAGUGGACAAGAAUGGAUUCUUCCUUUACUGGACGGAUCAGAACAAGGAGACCGAGUUCCUGGACAUCUCCAGCAUUCGGGACACGCGUACCGGCAAGUACGCCAGGACGCCCAAGGAGGGCAAGCUGCGCGACUCGGUGUCCAUGGGUGCACCGGAUGUGCCACUGGAGGAGAAAACGGUGACGGUGCUGUAUGGGCCCGACCUGGUGAACGUGAGUGCCAUCAGCUUCUGUGGCACGAGCCGCGAGGUGGCGCACUUGUGGAGUGACGAGCUGCUGAGCAUGGCAUACAACCUGCUUUCCCUGAACGCACCGGCGGCCACCUUUCUAGAGAAGGCACACACUAAGCUGCUGCUGUGCACCGACCGCGAGGGUCGGCUGCCUGUCAAGAGCGUGCUGCGCAUGUUCGCCCAACACCGGGACGACCGCAAGCGAGUUGAGCGUGCACUCGAAGCUGUUGGGCUGGCCGCUGGCAAGAACGACACUCUGGCACCUGAGCGACUCUGCCUCGAUGUCUUCCUGCGAUUCUACCGGCAUCUGGUGGGCCGCCAGGAGGUGGAUGCCAUCUUUGAGCGCCUCUGCGGUGGUUCCAAGAAAAAGGCAAUGACGGUCGACCAGCUAGUGGACUUCCUCAACAAGGAACAGCGAGACCCAAGGCUUAAUGAGAUACUCUACCCUUAUGCUAACCCAGCUCGUGCCAGGGACCUCAUAGCCCAGUACGAGCCAAACAAAAGCUACGUGGCCAAGGGUCUGUUCUCCGUGGACGGCUUUUUGCGUUACCUUAUGGGCGCUGACAACCCGAUCGUGUCACCAGAAAAGUUUGACCUGAGCAUGGACAUGGACCAGCCCCUGAAUCACUACUUCAUCAACUCCUCGCACAACACGUACCUCACUGGACAUCAACUCACUGGCAAAUCGUCGGUCGAGAUGUAUCGCCAGUGUCUGCUGGCAGGCUGCCGCUGUGUGGAGCUUGACUGCUGGACGGGCCGCAACUCAGAUGAGGAGCCCAUUGUGACACAUGGCUACACGGUGGUCACCGAGAUCCUCCUGCGAGAGGUGAUCGAGGCCAUUGCCGAGAGUGCCUUCAAGACCUCUGACUUCCCCGUCGUCCUGUCCUUUGAGAACCACUGCUCACCUAAGCAGCAAGCCAAGAUGGCCACCUACUGCCGCAAGCUGUUUGGUGACAUGCUGGUCACUGAGUCCCUGCCAUCGCACCCUCUGCGUCCGGGGCAACCCCUGCCUUCGCCCAAGCAGCUGCUGCGCAAGAUCAUCAUCAAGAACAAAAAGAAGCACCACCAUGCACGACAUCACCCUCAUGCAGGCGGAGCCAAGCCACCUCCGGCUGCCUCUUCCGCUGCGGCUACGGCUAUGGCUGCAGCCACUGCUGCUGCUGCAGCACCCGUCGAAGAGGAGGAUGAUGAUGUCUCGUCCCCGCUGGACCUGGCUGCUGUUCCACAAGUUGACACUGGAGAGGUGAAUGGCGAAGCCAAGGGCAUUGGCUCGGAGGCUGAGGAAUGGGAAUCCGACUCUGGCACAGAAGAAGAAGAGGCCCCGGACCGGUCGGCUGAAGAUCAGAAUGAAGGCACCGCUGCAAAGGAGUCCGAGGCUGUUGCGGAGAUGUCUGCGCUCGUAAACUACAUUCAGCCGGUGCGGUUUCACUCCUUCGAGCACGCCGAAAAACGGGACCGGAGUUACGAGAUUUCAUCGUUUGUUGAAACCCAAGCCACAAACUUGCUCAAGGAACACCCUGUAGAAUUUGUCAACUACAACAAGCGGCAGCUGAGUAGAAUAUACCCGAGUGGCACACGCGUCUCCUCCAGCAACUACAUGCCACAAGUAUUUUGGAAUGCAGGCUGCCAACUUAUAGCUUUAAACUUUCAAUCUCUAGAUCUAGGAAUGCAACUGAACCUGGGAAUUUUCGAGUUCAAUGGACGCAGUGGGUACCUGCUCAAGCCAGACUUCAUGCGGAGGGCUGAUCGCAAAUUCGAUCCCUUUACGGAGUCCACAGUUGAUGGCAUUAUUGCCGGCACCGUCUCCAUCAGGAUCAUCUCUGGACAGUUUCUAACUGACAAGCAUGUGGGCACGUACGUGGAAGUGGACAUGUUCGGCCUUCCAGCUGACACAGUACGGCGGCGCUUCCGUACACGCACAGUGCCAGCGAAUGGCAUCAACCCUGUCUACGAUGAAGAACCUUUUGUCUUCAAGAAAGUAGUUCUCCCAGACUUGGCUGUGCUGCGCAUUUCGGUGUGCGAUGACAGCGGGAAGCUGCUGGGGCACCGCAUCCUGCCCGUGGUGGGGCUACGUCCGGGCUACCGACACAUCUCCCUGCGCAACGAGUCGGGGCAGCCGUUGCUGCUGCAGACGCUGUUUGUGCACGUCACCGUCAAGGACUACGUGCCUGAUGGCCUGUCGGAGCUGGCGGACGCCCUGGCUAACCCCAUCAAGUACCAGUCCCGCAUCGAGAAGCAUGCCACGCAGCUGCGUGCCCUCACUGAUGAUGACCUGGAUGAGGGCGCUCCUUCGAGCGAAAGCCGCAGCCCUCUGCAGACAGCAGCCGCCCUGCCAGUGAAGGCAGAGGCCUCCGCGGCUGCCUCUGCUGCACCACAGCCCCACCAGCAGGUCUCCGCAUCAGCUGCAGCAGCCCCUUCAAUGCUGGGUGCGAUUGUGGAGUCUCGAAUUGUCACCACUGCAGAUCCUGUGGAUGGUGGGCUGCCACCUUCGGCACUCAAUGGUGGCAUCCAGCGCAGCCCCGCUACCAACUUGGCCAGGCAGGACACACUGAACCGCAAGCUGGACCAAACAGUACGAAGCCUAUCAGACGAGGGCAGCCAAGAAAAGACCCUGUCAUUAUUGGAGUCUGCUGAGGCAAACGUGCUGGCAGAACCCCUGGGCAAGCUGCGGGAGCACAAGUCAGUGCUCAAGGUGCAGGCCAAGCUGGAGAAGGAACUGGGAGGUGUGCGCAAGCGCUUCGACAAGCUGCGUGAGAAGGAGCGCGAGGGACAGGUCCAGCGGGCUGACAAGCUGGCCCUAGCUGCCGAAAAGCACCGUGCCCAGCUCUCCAAGUCACACUCCAAGUUCGGAAAGAAGUUAUCAUGUGGGGACGUCAUGGCACUGAAACAGCAGAAUGAAUCACAGAUCCAAACGUUGGAUGCUGAGCACAAAGCGAAGAAAGAGGAACUACAGCAGAGCCACAACCUAGCCAUGAUGAACAUCACCAAGGAGCAGUACCGAGCUGAAAUGGACAUUCAGCAGAAGUACAUGGAAUCGCUGUUCGGUGCCAUGGAAAAAGCGAUGCAAGCCUCUCAAGCUGCACAGAUGCAGAUCCUGCAGAGCCUCCAUGACAGGGAGGUGAGUGAGCUGAUGAAGCGACUAGAAGCACAGACCAAAGAGGAGAUGCGCAACCUCAACAAAAAGCACAAGGACAAGAACGAGUUGGACAGGAUAAAACGAGAGUUGCAGCAGAAGAUGAUUGGUGAGGCUGUCUCGGAGCGGCAACGGAUCAAAAGCCUGCUGGACAAGAAGAAAGCCGAGCUCGAAAGGCAGCACGAGGAAGUGCGCAAAAGCAUGGAGGAAGAAAAGAGCCAGGCCGCGCAGAAGUGCCACCAGGAGUAUGAGCGCAAGUGCAGCGAGCUGGACAGCUCGCUAAGCGAGAACCCGACCAUGUUUGCCAUGGCUGAGCCGAGCGACCUGCGACGCCAGAGUACUGCCCUCUAGCCACACCCAUGGUGGCGCAAGAUCUCUCCGCACACUGGUGCCUCAGCGGGAAGGGGCGGCGGUUCCCACUCCUCCGCGAACCUUUUUCCCAUUUGGCACCACUAGACAUGGUGAUUCUGUGACCGGGUGAUACGCAACAAGGUGUCCCACUCCGAACAAAUGCCUGCACCCAGCAACACCCCAGUGGCUUUCUCCCGCUAGCACGACCUGCAACCCUCCCAACCACACUCGAAGGGUCAGGCGAUGGAGACUAGGUGGAUGGCACCUGAUGACAGCCUCGGGGGCUGUCAGCUAACUCGAUCGCUCCGCAACACUGUCUGAGCCAGUUGGUAUGUUGACACUGUCAGCCGAGUCGCAAAACAACCUUAAAGGAUGUGGCACACCACUCCUCGUGCUUGCAAUGGGCCACUGUGGUUGCAGUGCUGAAGCACUGCGUUGCUUUUAGAACGUUUGAAAUUGAAUGCUGUCAACAGAGCUCACUGCUAUAACCAGUUACGAAGAGCCUCCAAGCAAGCCUUAAAAAAACUGUACUCUGUUAUUCCGUACUAGAGUGGACUCCUACAUCAAAAUAAACUAGCAUGGCUCCAAAGCAGCAGCUACACAGUAUUGUGCAACCUUGUUACUUCGAUGUUUUCUGUAGUGUUGGUGACACUUUGUGGUCAAGUUAAAAUGUUAAAUAGAAAAAAAAAUGGGAACAUCUAAAGUAUGUUCCUUCUGCUGCACAGUUAUAAGAAAUGGAGGGAUUGUGUGGCGCUUCACAAAAUUAUGGACAGCAACUGCUAUGGUUCUUCAAUUUCAUGAAACUCCACUGAACAAUCAGCAACUAUUGCAUUGAUGCAAACCAUUCCAGCACUGCAAAGUGUCCACUGAAUUCCGCUGUAAAGUUUCCAUUCAAUAGUUUUCUGCUCUUGCAUUAGGUGAUCCUAAAAUUGCCACUAUUCCAUGUUCACAGUUGCUUGAAAUCAUCACGACCUUCCAAUCGGAUUCGAAAUAGCCACUUAGUGAAGUUUUUAGUGUUGGUAGCUGUUUCACACUGUCUGCUAACUUACAUGUUUGUUUGAGAAAUAGUACAAAUUUCCAUAUUAAUGAAAAUUGAUGAGGUUGUGAUGUUUCCUCUUUUGGCCAAAACCAUCUGUUCUGGGCGGUCCACCCAAUCGUAAUUAUGCCUUGGGCAAUGGCUCUGCAUCCUUGUUCACACAUUAAUGCCAACGACAUACAACCUGACAUACUUUGUGAUAGCGGUGUAGUUGCCCACUGCUGAUGUGCAGGAGAAGGAAAUCAUUUUUUGAACAACAUGCAUAGUUAAGCACAGGGUGUAAUGUCCUGUUGAUCACUCCUGGCGCCUUUUCGGUGGUCGAGCUUUGUCUUGGCUUGGGGCUAUGCCGCGUUCAAAAACCUAUUUUCCUCAGCAUCUGUGGCAUGCCAUGGUGAGCACCUUUCCUGACAGAGUAUCCUCAUUAGGGCUCAGAUUCUGCACAGAAGUGGCACAUUGCGUACAAGCAGUUCAAUGCCAUGCUUAGGUGCAAUAUUUUCCUGUUUCACUCUGAAUGACUAACAAUCAUAUUUUUAAUUUUUUGUGGCAAUGCUAGACAUAAAAAACAUUCAUGUAGUUGCAAUUGAACUGUGAUGCCAUCUGUCAUUGUUAGGACAAGACACACAUGCUUUUCUUUAUAGCAAUGAGAGAUGGCACCGCUGUUCUGUUCCAGAAAUUUUAUAUUUCUUAUCGGGCGUCACGACGGGUGACACCUACUUCUGAUUUCUUUCAGACGUUACAGGUAAGUAUAAUGUGCCAGAGCGUGUGGCAUGCACAACGAAAUGUUGCUUCUACGCAGAAUUUUAGUGUUAAUGAGUCAGUGAUCUAGCUGUGUUUUAUAUCUGGCACUCCCAGUCUUUGCAACAUUCGAUAAUGUUGUCAUUUACCAGAAGGGAGUGAAUAAGACCAACUGUCCUGUGCAGCUGCUGCUCCGGUGCCAUAACAGUGGGCCUUCAAAGGAGGCUUUGUCGGCAUUUAAGUCUUGUCUGCCAGUCAUCCUCGCCUUUCACAGUGUCUUCAUUCCUUUGUCUUCAAAUUGUGCCAGGGCUCGGCAGGCCCUGCUGCGCAGUGACUGCCGUCACUUCCAGAGAAUUCCAAGUGCAUGAUUUUACCCACAUUGCCAUGGCCUCGUGUUAGCUGUCGUGAUGAAAUGCUGCAAAGCUUGCAGCUUCCAUGUUUUAACUGCUGGCAUGCACAUUGACAUGGCGGCAGCACAAUGUCAACAUUUUAUGCAGCACACAUUAGCGUGAAUCAUGAUGCCAUGUUGUUAUGCCACUUGAGGCACCAAAACAAACGGCACAUCAUUUACUGACAGCAACUGUGCUUGCUGCAUUUAUUGUUCUCUUGUCAUGAUUUUGAGACUUCUGUUACUCUGUGGUUAUGUAACAUUUAAUGAUUGAAUUACUGUCGUGUAGUAUCUAAUUUCUAUUUUGAAAACAUUGUUUUGACAAACAUUUAAUUCAAACUGUUUGAUGACUGCUGGUUCGUCAGUUAUGUGUGGUGUACAUGUAUUUAAUGUGCCAUUACUGGUUGGUUCUGAGGUUUUGCAUCGGUGUGAAAAGGCAAAUUUCAGUCUAGUGGUUAAACAUGCGCUAAAGUAAUAUGCUCUCGAAGGAAAAGAAGGAAAGAAAAAAGUGAACUUGUUACGAUAGUCGUUCAUUUGGUGUCUGGGGAUGCACUGCGUGUUUUCUGUGCACCCAAUGUUGGCACCCGCGACUAGCUUAACACAUUCCACUUCCCUCGGCCAUACAAGCAGACCACCAGAUGUGUCAAUUCACAGGCACUCAGCUUUGUCACAUUGUGCAGUACCGAUUGAUGUUUUCAAAGCCCGCCCUUUAGACCACUGACAAGUUGCGUGCUUCAAUUGUUAUGCAAUAGCUCUUAUUGCUGCAGUUUACCUACACGUCGUUUGCAAGUGGGCACAAAGCAAGAUGGAUAGCUGCUUGAAGGAGCCCUGGAUUUGUUUUGUUGAGCAGAUCGCUUAGAAAAAAGGAGGGUUAGUGCAGCCGUAACUUAUUGUGCCAAGUAGUUAGCCCAAACAAGAAAGCAGGGUAACAAAGUGUGCAGCUGUAUUAUUGCUCCAAGAUUUCAAGCUGCCUUUAGAGCUGACUCCAUGGGGUAGAAUUAAUUAACUUUACACGCUUUGUGUAUUCCUUGAGGUGGUAUUAAUUGUGCUUGCACACUCGAGGCUGCAUGCUCUUUCGGGGCAUUCACGACAACAUCGUAACAAUUUCUGGGUUCCUGUAGGUAACAGCUGACAUUGCUCAUGAUUGGUACCUUGACUCAACAGGGAUGUUAUACUAUAACGUCAGGUCCUGCGAUUGGCUGCCUCCUGUGCUAUCUCAACGCUCAUGCAUGCCCUGCCAUGGUAUGGCUGUUUACACUAGAUGACGUCACAUCAGGCACGUGUGUAACAUUUCACUAUGAAUUUCGGAAGGGCUGACUACAGCUGUUUGCAUCCUUCAACAUUGGCAGAAUUAUAUUUGUCAUUCUAUGCACUUCCCGCUGCACUUAGUGAAGGGUACAUGAGCAAACUAAAGUAAUGCUUAACAGUCUCGGAAGAGAACAGCAAUUUACAAUAGGCAGCAAGGCACUGGAAGUCGUACGGGAAUACAUCUACUUAGGGCAGGUAGUGAGGCGGAUGCGGAUCAUGAGACGGAAAUAAUCAGAAGAAUAAGAAUGGGCUGGGGUGCGUUUGGCAGGCAUUCUCAGAUCAUAAACAGCAGGUUGCCAAUAUCCCUCAAGAGAAAAGUGUAUAAUAGCUGUGUAUUACCAGUACUCACCUACGGGGCAGAAACCUGGAGGCUUACGCAAAAGGGUUCUACUCAAAUUGAGGACGACGCAACGAGCUAUGGAAAGAAGAAUGAUAGGUGUAACGUUAAGGGAUAAGAAAAGAGCAGAUUGGAUGAGGGAACAAACGCGAGUUAAUGAUAUCUCAGUUGAAAUCAAGAAAAAGAAAUGGGCAUGGGUAGGACAUGUAAUGAGGAGGGAGUAUAACCGAUGGUAAUUAAGGGUUACGGACUGGAUCCCAAGGGAAGGGAAGCGUAGCAGGGGGCGACAGAAAGUUAGGUGGGUGGAUGAGAUUAAGAAGCUUGCAGGGACGGCAUGGCCACAAUUAGUACAUGACCGGGGUUCUUGGAAAAGUAUGGGAGAGGCCUUUGCCCUGCAGUGGGCGUAACCAGGCUGAUGAUGUUGAUGACAUCAGCUCGGGGUAGGAUAUUGUGUGCGUGCCACGUAUAAAUAAUUAAGAUGCUUCAAUGUCGCAAGCACUUCUCGAACUUCAAAAGGCAAUGCCCUCCUGCAACACAAGCGGUUGACGUAUGCAGAAGGUUGCUGUUCUUUGCCACUCUAAAUUUGGAGACGUACUGUGCAAUACAUUCUGGUUUAAUUUAAUGUUGCAGGAAUGACAUUAUAAUUCCGACUUGGUAUUUAGCUAUUUUGUAUGCUUGUAAUGAGGUCAGCAUUGGUUGCCUUAAACAUGAAGGAACAUAUGCUACAGUAUUAUAAUAACAUACAGGUUUAGAAUAUAAUAAAUAAUCAAUGUUACUUUGUUCCUGAAGUGGUAGCCAAAUUUUCGAUUAGCCAUUUUGAACAUAUGAAAUUCAUGUCGCUACUUGAAUCAAACCAUUUGCAAUACUGUAGUGCUUGUUUUUAGCACUGAAGAAGAAACUAGACAAAGUUUUGUUGCCUGCGCAGAAAGAAUAUUUCACACUUGGAGUGUGAUGAAAUGGAACUAUGUGACACGACCACCGACUUGGCCUAUGUUGAGAAAUGCAGCUGUAGCGCUGGAAGGCUGUCAAGCUGGCGUGGAAUCAUGCCGCAAAAUGUAUUUUAAUUGGUGCUAGGUUACAGGAUCACGAGGUGUAGGUUAUUGUGAAUAGCGCACACAUUAAGUUUUGUUAAGUACCUUGUUAAAGAAACAAAUAGUUUCCAUUUGAAAACCAUACAUUUUAGUGACAAGGGAGGGUUCACGGACCUCCCUGGCUUCUUGAGGCUUGUUUUUUUUGUUGAUUCUUUGUUUUCCUGAUUUUUCACAUGCUCCUGUCUUUGUUUCCUUUUUCAAGAUUUGUGUAUUUAUUUGUUUUUGAUGCGAAAGUGUCAAAUGGCCCAUUAAGCGAAAAAGCUGGCAUCUGUAGCAGCAAGACAGCACCUAAAUUCCCAUUGACUUUCAUGCUUCAACGGAGCAGGCACCGUGCCAUCGCGGGGCGAAGAUGGGUUGCCGUCGGCGAGGCACUCGUGCAAAGCACUCAUGCCGCUCUCUUGCUCUCCGAAGCCGGCGCACGGUUCGUGUGUCUCUCCCAUUGGGCUCAGCUGCUAUGCCUGCCUGCAGGCCUUGGUGGCUGCUUCCUUGGUCUCUUGUCACGCAGGACAUCAGGGGCAUGUGGCAUCCUUGAAUUGUCUCAGCAAUAUUGUUCAAAUGAUGCUGGUCUACAGCUAAUAUGCUAACGUAGAAACUGUACAGGAAAAAAUAACCCACACCAAUUUGAUCACAAAACUCAAUAACAUACCCUGCAACAAAGCUGGAAAACAUUACUCACUGCGCGAAAUUCGAAGGACCGCGCAGCGGUGUUGAAUUGGAUGCUAAUGCUUUCUCAUUCACAACUCGUAAGCGCUUAAGUGUCCUCAGGUUUUGACUUAAUUAAACUGAGAAGAUGUCACUCGGCACAUUUAUGUGUCGACUUUUUCUGAGCUGCAAGAAACAUUCCGUGAGCACUUCAACAGUUUAGACAUAUUAUCUUGAAUCCUGUAGUAGAACCAUCCAUUGAUUUGCAUUUGUUGACAUUGCCUGCUUGACUAGCUCCUACAUUUCCAGUUCACUCGUCUGUAUGAAACAAAUCUGCAGAAACACAAGGACAGAGCCAAAGAAACGAACAGGUUGUAGUGCUGUAUUUUGAUUGUUUGGCAGUGUCUGUUUGACAUUCAGCCAGAAUUUCAUGGGUGGUUUAUCAUUAACCUUUUCAGAUGCCACUUUAUCCCGUUGAUUGAAAACUUGCUUUCAUCAUAUCUCUUGUGUCUUCAGGAUCAUAUAAAGUGUACAGCUGCAGAAAAGAUUAAGAAUUUUCAAUUGUUUAGCGAGUUUUGUCAAGUUUACAAAAUUUGGACUCCAUGCGGAAACUCAUUACAGGAACAUCAAAUAUGAGAACAUAUAUUAUUUUGUGUUUUUAAGAGCUCGAAAAGCACUUAUACAGCCACUCAUACUUGAAAAUUAUGUCUGGUGCACAACAUUGUGAAAAACAAUGAAAGCAGUGAACCUGCUACAUACAACAUGCAGACACAGAGUAAAAACACCCAGCCUUCCACCUUCAUACUCAUUUUGCUAAAACAUUCUGCACAUUAUUCAAGAUUGCAGCACAGUUCCAAUAAUAAGUGUGUCAAGAUGUAUGAAACACAUUUUAAAUGCCAUUACUUUCAUCAGUGCUUUUGCUAUUGAUGCACUCUGCUGCUGUGCACAAUUGUGUAGACAGCGUCUCAAAGGGUUAAGGAAGUGUUUAAUCAUAUCUGUCUAAGCCUCUUCGACGGGGUGCAAUAAUAUGGUUGUUUGUAUUUGGUGGACAUCAUGUUCACGUUGGAACCGUGUGAUCUGUCCGGUGUGGUUUUGUUUCCGUGACUGGGUCCUUGUGUUUCAAAAGCCCAUUGGGUUGAGUGUGGUAGGUAUGAGCCUACCAGGCCACGAAAUAUAAUUUUGUUCAUGUGAAAUCCCAAUUUGCUUUUGUAAAUUGAUGGGAGGCAUGACAAAAUAUGUGCGUGGCUUCAAAUUCACUCUACUGAUCUCUUGCGGAACAUGUUUCUGGGCGAGUCGAAAUGAAGCGCAAAAGCCAAGGCCUCUAACUUGUUAAUCUAUCGACAUUGCUACUUUCUUUAAUUGUGCCAAAGGCUUUUUCAGACAUUUGGGGACUUGAGGAUAUUUUGACUUCAAAGAUGGCAGAAUAUUUUGUUGUUUCCUCGUUAUAAUGUUUCACAGCAACCCAUUGCAAGUUUCAGCUCUAAAGCAUUGUCUUGAUGCCAAAGGAUAUAAUGUUGGUAAGAUUAAUUAACUUGUUUAAGGUACUGAGAAACAAGUAUUACUGCAUUGAAUAGCAGGGUACUAAACCUUUUGGCACCUGUUGCCUUUUUUUCACGUGACCACGUAUUUUGUCAUCUAAAGCAUGAAUGUUGUGAACGUUUGUUAUUGUUGUAAUUUGCAGAUUUGCCAGAAGAACCAGCACUACCAAAACUGGCAUGGUAGAAUUGUGUGAUAAGUGUUUUCAUUGCUAUUUCCCAAGAUAUAGGAGGCCUAAAUGCAUGCUUAUAUACAUGUGAAGAGGGGCUCAAAGCUGUAGCUUGUUGGCUAUGGUAACUUGGCCAUGCAUGCUUCUAGAUCAAGAAUGGCACUCAUGGCAGCACCACAGCAAUCCAACAUUCCUUUGCACACAAACCUUGGCAUAAAUGCAAGGGAUCCACAAGUUAAACAAGGUGGAUCAGUUUAUUUUCACAAUAGUCAGUGGCAGGUCAGACAUGUUAGAGGCUCCUCCCACACAAGUGCGGUGUUCCUCAUCCCUCGUGCUCACAAGAAAUAGUUUAUUCCAUGGACGUACGGGGGUGCCAGAGGUUCAGCAACAACGAACUCACCUUAGUUAUGCAUGACUCAAGGUCAGUGAGUGCGGGGACAUAGAAAGCAGCUCACACUAUAAACAGAUGCACUGUAUUACUGGGAACUCCGAAAGAGGGUUAGGGAGGCCUUGAUGUUGUCAGUGGUCCGGAGAAACCGCAGCAUAGAAGCUCCUCAGGGUGCAUUACGAGAGGUGGAACUAAUUGUUUUACUGAGAAAAAUGAGCUGUCCCCAGAGGAAUACCCAUUCUCCCUGGUGAGGCAAAAGUGGUGCCAUGAUUGGCAAGAAAAUGGCGAGAAAGGUUUCCAGCAGAGAGCACCGACAGACAACUUCAGUCCCUGUCAGUGCAUUCUGCUGGAAACAUUUCUUGCUGCAAUGUGAAACCAACGAGCUCAGACGAACACUGCUAUCAAGCAAGAAGAUGGAUUGGUUUGCUUGCACAAGAAUGCAUGUUUUCUUUGAGGGGCAUUCACCCCUAAUUUGUUAACCAGUCACUGUAUGAUCAUAAAAUUUAAGAAAUUUUGUUAAGUAAGAUCAGCUUGGGUAGCACAGCAUUAUUAAUCACCGAGACAGGGAGAGAACAGUACUGAACGAACUCGUAUUCUAGCUAAGAUCAAGGAAAUAAAGUUGAGUUGGGUUAAAGUAGACAAGAGCAUCACAGCCAAGGGAAAGGCAUUACGAGAUCAGGGCACAAAAGUGGCAAACACAAUUCACAGCAAAUGUGAAAAGUAAUGAUUUAUUACAACAGUGCAUGUGAGACCCGUUGUGCCAUGCUGAAACAUAUUUCAAUGCAAGAGGUGCAGUGCAGUAGAACCUUGUGGACCAGGCUUCUAGGUAGAUCUUGGAUCCACAGAUAAUGAACAGGCAUUUUCUAAGAUUGAACCAUGUCAGCUGCUUUGUGCCAUAGGCCCUGUUCCUGUGUUUGCACUCUCACAUCCUCACAAAACUACCUGUUGUCUAGUGCACCCGUACUGACAGUGUACGAAAACAGAUGACACAAGAAAAGCAUUAGGAUAGAAAUUUGGCAAUGUUGGUGUUGCAUAUUCAGGUAAAGGGUGCAAAAUGAAAACACACAGAUAGAUUGACACACACAAAAUACAAAGUUUGUUGAUAUACCUGUAUGUCAUCGUUUUUCCCAUCUUUGACUUGAACAUGAACUCAAGGCCAAGCAGAAAGCAAAGCCACUAGUAGAUAAAAAGGCCACAAAUCGUCCCUUAUAUGCACAAAGUGGCUGAAAGGCAACAGUGCACGUCCACAUGUGCAUCUAUAUGGCACAUGCACUUGUGUUUCAUACGUGUGUUUUCACGUGCUUACUAGUUUGAAGACCAUAAACCAACUUUCCCCAGAAGCAUAACAUUAAGUGCAUGCAUUUUCGCUAAGACAUUGAUAGAAUUGCCUGCGAACCUGAGUUACUUGUUGGCUGAGAAAUUCUGAAGCACAAUCUUGGCAAAAGUGUUGUUAGAUUCAGAUCGUGGUUUCAUAUCUCACAUGGGUUCUCUUCCCAGGUGUUAUCUUGAAGCACACCAGUCCACAAACAAACAAAAAUGGAAAAAAGAAGCAGACAAGACAGUGCUUCAUUCACAACCGAACAUUUUUACUGAACACAAAGACAGUGCUAUAAGUAUUUACUCAUUUUCUUACACACGCACAGCAGAGCAUAGAAACAACAGGUUAUAUCAUCAGAACCACCCCUGACAGAAUCUAACUUACUCCACAAAGAAAAUAAAGGUGAUUGCUAAUUAUGAAAGGCAAACUCCUCCUACUGGUUGCUGAGUAGACCAUAAAUAUGAUCGCUUAGCACAAACAAGCAAAGAUAGAAGGGAACAAGGGAAGCCCCAACUUUUGACUGCUUAUUCUGUAUUGUAUACCAUCCAAUAUAUACACGCAAGUGAAUUGGAUAAGAAUGGAAGUGACCGGUGCGGGGAUAUUGUCAAAAUUAGGGGUACAUUAUAUUGUUCUGUUUAGAGACACAUCUAGAUGUUUUUGAAGACUAUUCCUUACUACUUGCUACUCAGGAACAUCUUUCUAGUGCAAUGGUAUUGUGAUGCUAAGCACAAAGUUGCAGGUUUGAUUGGUAGUCGCCACAUUUGAUUGGGGCAAAAUGCAAAAACAUUUGGGUGCUUGAAUUUAGGUGCAUGUAAAAGAACCGCAAUACCCUGUCAAGGGAACAUGAAUUCAUGAUUGGCAGUCAGCCUCUAGAAUAUUCUGUACAAGUGUAUGUGUAUCUAGGUCAAUUACUCGCAGGGCACCCUGAUCGUGAAAGAAAAAGAAGAAUGGAUGGAAGUGCAUGCAGCAAGCGCAUUUCGAAAAACAUGGCUGGCAGUCUACCGCUAUCCUUUAAAAGCAAGUCACUGCAUUCAGCCGGCACUGACAUGUUUGGCAGAAACUUCGAAGUUAACAAAGAAGCUUGAGAAAAAGUUGAGCACUGUGCAACAAGCACUGGAAAGAACAAUGUUAGGCAUAAUGUUAAGAGACGGGAAGACAUUAAUGCGGAUUAGAGAAUAAAUUAGGGUAGCCGAUAUUUUAGUUGACAUUAAUAGGAAAAAAUGGAGCUGGGCAGGCCAUGUAAUGCAUAGGGCAGAUCACCAGUGGACCAUUAGAAUUACAGAAUGGAUGCCAAGGGAAGGGAAGCGUAGAUGGGCUGAUGGAACUAGUAAAUUCGUAGGCACGACUUGGGAUUAGCGAAUACAAGCCACAGGUAAUUGGAGAUCCCUGGGAGGAAAGGCCUUCGUCCCACAGUGGACGUAAAUAUAGGCUGAUGAUGAAGAGGAACAAAAACCCAGUUUAUCAAAACUAAUCCAGAUUCCCCUACUGAGAUGUGCUUCAUAAUCGUAUGGUGUUUUUGCCGCAGAAACCCAAUAACUUCACUAACCUGCACAGUGUAGCCUUGUUUGUUUAAGCAAGCACCAAGUAGCCCAACUUUUGCUUAAUGAAGGCUUUGUGGAAAAGUAACUUCAACACAAUGCAAGGCACUAAACGCUAAAUGAUCACGACUGAAAAGAACACUAAAUACACUGGUGAUGAUGAUUAUGGACGUCAGUAGAUUUCACCGCAAGGCUGGAUAUCUUGAAACUGGCUCUGGUCGCAGGAUGCCUGCGAAGUAGACAUUCCUUGGGCACUUGACAGCUCCAGUUCCACAAAUGCAGCAUGUAAAACAGAUGAGAAUUUACAAAACUCAUUUCUGGCACCACAGAAUGAGUGGCAGUGUGUAAAUAUCAUGUUGAGCCACUAUUAGUGCUUAGCAAAGAGAAGUUUUACUAUUGUGGCACAGUUUAUGAUGUUUGCCAAUGCUUGUGAAUUCUGGGCAGCAAAACUUAUUUUUGUCUUCAAAUGCCCAUCUUUAAAUAGUUGGAGACAGGCAUCCAGUUAACAAGUGGUGUGCAUACAAGAGCAGUAACAAUUGUUUGCCAUUGUUCACUAUCCGAUGUAAAUGUUCCUCUGCAACAUGUAAAUAGUCCAUGUGCAGUUCUCCUUUGCUUAUUCAACUACUCUGAUGAGAAUGGAAGUUAAUUACCAAUUAGUAUUAUACUAAUUGCUUACUGACAUACAAAUACUUGAUGCAACAAUCAGUACCUUUAAGUAAAAAAAAUUAAAAUAUGGGGUUUAACGUGCCAAAACCACUUUCUGAUUAUGAGGCACGCCGUAGUGGAGGACUCCGGAAAUUUGGAUUACCUGGCUUUCUUUAACGUGCACCUAAAUCUAAGUACACGGGCGUUUUCGCAUUUCGCCCCCAUCGAAAUGCGGCCGCCGCGGCCGGGAUUCGAUCCCGCGAGCUCGUGCUCAGCAGCCCAACACCAUAGCCACUGAGCAACCAUGGCGGGUUACCUUUAACUAGAAAGCACUUAUGCAGGUGAUUGGAUUUGCUUUAAAUUUUUGCCUGCUGGAAAAUACUGAAAGGCAAUGAGUGCCAAAUACUGGCCAUCAAAGUUGGAGACACACCUUUUUGAAAAUUGACUGCCAUCUUAUGUCGCAGUGUACUUUGACUGAUCGCUAUGCACAAUGGUAGAACAAUAUAUGUCACUGGACCCAACGCUUCAACAAGGCAACUUGUAUCCAACGGGGUACCAACUGUUGUGAUAAUCAAACAACACUUGUUACAUACGCUGAGCCAGAAAUAUUGUCAUGGCACAAUCAAGAAUUCAUAGCAUGAAACCAUCAUUUUUAGUGGGACUGACAGUCAUUAUUGCAACUUUGGAUGAGAUUAUGCUGCUGCCUCGCCGUGGUAAUGACCGCUGAUGAAAGCAUGGCGUUGGCGAAUCACAAGCAUGCAAGUGAACAUUCGGAAGGGGAAAUGCUUGCUCCCAGUCUCGCCCCAGGUUAAUUCGUUCUAUUUAAAACACACCCACACACAAAAGGAAUAAUUGCUGGAGUUAAAUAUAAUGCUGUUAGUGCAUAUACGGUGAAGUAGCUUGACCGCUGUGAAAACGAUGCAUGAUAUGCAUGUGCGUCAAUCGAAGGCACUUUUGUGGCUUAUGGAGGCCGUCACUAAAUUGAUGUUUAGCAAUAACUGAUUCAUUCAAGUGUUGUUAGUGGGCUUUAAUGGGGUUUAACAGGAUGAGUCAUCUAUAGCUCUGUAAACAAGUUACUAAUAGUAAGUAAGUACUGCAUCUGAACUAUCUGCAUCUGCCUGCUUUAGCAAUUAUGUAGGGCCCGUAAGAACAAAUACUGUUACUCAAUUAGUGCUCAAAAUGUUCUUCACACAAUGAAUUAAGCUCAUUAUUAACGUGAAACAUUGUGUAAAAGAAUGCACAACAUUACAAAACUGAGCCUAAGGGUAUUCAUUCUAAAAGCAGCAACUCAUUUGUGUUUUGAGUCAAUUAAAGCUAGAAGUGAACUUUUCAUGGUUGAUCAGCGAGUGCAGCUUGCGACGGCUCUUCGAGCUUCUUGUAUGGAGGCCAGUGGGUUGCCACAGGUGCGGUGCUUGGCACCUGUCUGGCAGAGAACUCACGCACUUAUUUUAAUGCAGUGCAGAAAGAGUUAUUUGGUGCACAUAUCGACUGCAACUGCAUUAACUGCAUGGACUCGGUGUAACUGAUACACAGGGGAAAGAGUCAGUAGCAUUGAAAGGAGCUAUGUUCACGCGGUGUUAUGAAUCUAGUUACUACACUAAAAUGAUGCACAAGGCAAUAUGAACCUAAUUGUGGCGAAAGUUGCUGCCAAUACUGUAUAGACUCGUAUAAGGGUUGCACCCCCAACUUGGCAGCCCAUAAAAAUUGUAACAGCGCAAACACAUGCAACCACAAAGUACCAAGGACGAGACACAAGCUCUUGUGUCUCGUUCUUGGUACUUUGUGGUUGAAUGUGUUUGCACUGUUACAAUUUUUAUGUCAAGUAUGCACCAACUCGCCAAGAAAGAAGUUUUAAUCAAGUACCUUUCUUGUUCAGUGGGCCCUUCUUUCUGUGUUCUGCCCUCUUUUCGUAUCACUGACCUUUUACUGAUCCACAAACAGCGCUUGUGUCUCGUCCAUGGUACUUUGUUGUUGCAUGUGUUUGCACUGUUACAAUUUUUAUGUCAAAUAUGCACCAACUCGCCAAGAAAGAAGUUUUAAUGAAGUACCUUUCUUGUUCAGUGGGCCCUUCCUUCUGUGUUCUUCCCUCUUCUCGUAUUACUGACCUUUUACUGACCCACAAACAGCGCUGUGUCUCGUCCAUGGUACUUUGUUGUUGCAUGUGUUUGCACUGUUACAAUUUUUAUGUCAAGUAUGCACCAACUCGCCGAUAAAAGUUUUAAUUGGCAGCCCAAAAUUUGCAAAACGAAAAUAUUCAUUGGAAAAAUGAUUGCGUUUGUGCCCCGAUGCCUAUUGCAAUGUACACUUGGGGUGGGAAGUCACGAUUUUGUCCAAAAGAAGAGUGCGGCCCUUGCACACAUCUAUACAGUAAGUGUUACAAAUGGAACACCACAUGUGGUUUUUAUUUUAACACGUGGUUGAUUAUAGCUCAUUUCUUUUUUGUUUGUUUAAGUGCUGCAUUUAUUGCAUCCUAUUGUCACGGUCCUUGCCUGAGCAUGUGUUCUGUCAUGAAGCCAAUGAGUAGCAAUGUAAAGAAUGUUGAGAAUGUGCUGUAACGUGGCAAUUACAGCACAUUGCACAGUCAUCACUGAUUUGCAAAUUAAGCAUAAGCCUGUGAAUUAUUCUGUUUGGUUUGUUCUCUGUCUGAAAAACAAAGCAAAGUAACUGCCCAUCAGGAACGUUUUUUGUGUUUUUCUUUUACAGACACAGGGCUUGUCACUAAUGAUUUCUACAUGAUAUCCCAUCAGCGCAUCAAUUGUACAUGCUACACAUAUCUGAGAGGAAGGCACCUAAAUUUGAUGCGAAGCCAUUGCUUUUCAGUCUUUGCUAUGGUGACUGCAGCAGGAAAGCAAAAGCCCACCAUUGCUGGCAUUCAGGUGUCUGCACACGGAUGUGGGCUCAUUUAGGACUAACAGAAACCGGUAUUCCAGAUGCACUGAAUAGGCUUGUGACACUGGCUGAAAUGCUACUGAGCGUGAUUUUUGCGACAUAAGCUUGCUUGUUUGAUGCCAAGAGAGUUUUGUAAGCACUAUUGAAAUGAAAUAUGCACUUACCAUGUAAACAUAUUCAAAUACAGAUUUUGACAUUUCACGGCCCAUAUACGUGUUCCAUGUCAAAGAGCUCCAUAAGAAAGAAUUGCGGAUAAACCUGCAUCAACAAAAACUUUUGCCAAUGAGUGCAUAACAGAGUUUUCAAGGCGUGAAAAAAAUAUAUGCUUUUGAUGGAGGAAGAUUAAAGAGGCAGACAGGGCACUUGCUAUCUUCUGGUUUUUUCCGUUUUCAAGUAUAUCGCUUUGCACCAUAAAAACCAUGUUAAGUAAACAUGAACAAUUUGUGCAAGUUCUAUUAGAUAUGUUUUUGUGUAUGUAUUUUAUAAGGUAGGCAGAUAACUGCUUCUUCACAAAACACACUAUGAGGUCAGCAGCACAUGUCUGCAUUGCUGCCAGGAGUUGAAACGAGGUGGUCUCCAACUUGCUUGGUCCGCAUGCUGCCAUUCCUGCCGACGUGCACACGGUGUGGUGCAUUCAAGCAUACAAUGGCUGCACGAGCCAGCAGCUAGCAUUUCCUGCAUGUUUUCACCUGAUGAAAGGGGGGCAUCGUCAGAGAGCGAAAUCGUAGCGUAAGAUUACUCUUUCACGCAGCCACUGUCUUUGCCUCAAAGUAUGUGUGCCACCAUACGAACCUUAUAAAGGCUUCUGGUUCAUUCCAUGUCUGUUUCAUGCAAAAUAAAUGAGUUUGCAUCCUGUGCACUGGGGCCAUUCAUAAUGUAUAGAAUUUCUGGGAAAAAAUGGUGACACCAUUUAGUAUUCAUAAUUAUGACAGCUCAAAAUACGAUGACGUGGGGGAGGUAUUAAACAAUAAUUGUUUAGACAAAGCACAGUGCACACUAGUUUUGAUGUCACAGCAAGCGUUGAUGCUAGUGUUCCAUCCCCGCAAAUUCCAAACUUAUCUGGAAUCGCCACAGGUAGCACACGCUUAUGAUUUAUUCUGUACAAAACAGGCAGGCAUUAAAACACACAAUUAAAUAGCAUCAACUGUGAAAUUCCACCUGGAUGUGAAAUUUGAGUGCAAACAAGCCAGCAAUUAUUCCGAUAAGUUGUGCUUCUGCAUAUACACCAUUUUGUAGAAAACAUAAGCACCAUGCCAAUGGUUCAACUGUUUCCUCCAGUCAAGGUUCCGAGUGCAGCUUGGCGAGACUGCAUCCUCGGUGGGCAAGCUGAUGGCCCACCAUAAUGUGCCACGUACAUGGAAAAGCCAUAUGUGCAGUGCUAGGCAAACAAGGCUUCUCGGUGGCGAGGUCCAUAAGUGCAGUGGAUUUUACUUGUGUUUUGUUACUUGAAGCAUCCAUAGUAUAAUACUCGGUAAUUGGGCUGCAUAGAGAUACCUGCUUGCUACAUUUGAUCUUGUCUGUUGCAUUACUUGCUUAGCAGAUAUAUAUAGCAGAUUUAGAAAGUAGCAGAUUUUGAUUGUUGUUAAGUACGCGUUAUACGACAAACAUGAGAACACUGGGUCUCUUUGCAUUCGUCUACACGCACAAAAAGUUGAAAACAGCCUCAUUGAAGCUGGGCAAAGGUCAUAAUGCAACAAGCAUAAAAACAGGGUAAUAGCACGAGGGCCUCAUCACUGAUAUAUAUAUAUAUAUAUAUUUCAUAAUGCAUCUACUUCUUGCAGAUUGUGCAACUCAUUGCCUUGUCCAGGUCUUUUGUGUUGAAUUUCUGGCGCUUACGGCAGUGCAUCAUUUUGUCCUUUUUUCCUUAGUCAUCUUUAGCAAUUCAGUCAAAUCUCUCUCUGUAUUUCACGGGCUCCACACAGGGUUAGCUCAGACUGCACAUUAGCCUUAUUAUACGGAGGAAGGAAAGAGGUGGGACAUAUUUACAAUGAUUAUGUACAAGGUCAUGUAACAACAGACGGUGUAAUGAAUGCAUGCUCGAUACUGCUUCGCCAUCUUAAUUUGGUCACAGAGCUCAGCAUCUUUGUCAUUGCUGAACUGGCUUUUCCAUUCUGUUUCACCUCUUACUCUCACCUGCACGGACACUUAUACCAUGAAUCUAUUUGGUCACUUGCAAAGUGUGCCUGCCACCUGUAGGGAUGCCGAGAAGGUUUUUUAACAUGGAUUGAUGAAGUACCACUUUCGGAACAUGAGUUUUAGCAUGAGCACAUUUUUGGUUAGCUAGAAAGAAAAUGCAUAAACAAAAGAUGGGCUUUAUAUCACUGCACUAGAGCUUCAUCAUGCCAUGAUUUGGUCAGUGUCUCUUUGGGACUAGUUAAUAGUUUAAUGAGAAACAAGGUACACAUUGCAUUCUAAAAGAACCAAAGACCCAACUGAGUGAGUUUUGAGAACAUUUAUUUAACAUAAAAAGGCCAGAACAUAACACAAGAAUACUUUCAGAUUCAUGAUGUCAUACUUAAGUACCAGAACUGUUGUCUGUCUGGGCACAAAAUUGAGUAAAUUGAAACUUUGAUUUAAUUUUUCCACUAAUGAGUCUUUUACUACUUAAAACAUGUAUAUGAAAACUAUUGCAUCAAACUAAACUAAGUGUUGCUCUUUGUGCCUCUUUAAUUGCACUUUUCAAAUUUUGAUAUCUUGCAAGAGUUACCUUGCCUUCUGAAGCACUGAGAUCCAAAUCAAUUCCUUCUGCAUUAGCUCUCAGUACACUUGUCAACAUGAAAAGGCCAAACAUUGCUGAGCCUUGCUUGCACUUUUUUAACAUGUUGCUGCCUUUAGAGCCACCAUAUUCCCAGCAAGAGAAUGCAUUGUAUUCUGUAGACGUGGGGAGAUGUGUGGUGUGUUUUGAGGUGAGACCGCUUAUAGUUUGUUACAUCACUGAGCAUUGUGCAGGCUGUUUUUAGGGGCUGCUGUUUUUGCAAUUGUUUCUACUGCAAUGUAACAAUUUUCACUGUGCCUGUGUCUUCCAUGUAGAAAUUAAUGUUGUGCGGAUGAGCUUUUGAAAGAACCUCACUCAGCUGAGGUUGUGUCACCCGGGGUUAAAAAGCUGUGUAGAUUCUCCGAAACGUGUUAUUUUGUGGUAUGGAGUAGUGCAGUCAACACAAUCUGUCAUCGCAAUUGUUGCUAUUUUCCUCUCCUGCACGAAACUUGAAAUUUGCGAGGGUUGCAAUUCCUGUAUUUGCAAUGAUAUGGCUAAGGGUGACACAUUUAUUGCCCCCACAGCCAUUUGGCCCUCUUCUGGAAAUCGGAGGGUGGUCACUGCUGUCUCACUUAAUCAUAGGUGUGUCGCAAAUUUGACAACCCUUGCAGGCUUUACAGUAUUUAAUGUAAAUAUGUGCACAUCUCGACAGGCUGAACAGUAGUGUUCGGCUUUGGCACUAAUAGUUUUGUUCACUUGAAAAUGCACUUGUAAGUAAGUAGCUCUCCAGCCACUGAAAACUAAAUCGCCGAUUUGUGUGUCCAUGCUUGUAUGACAGUGUCUGUUCUCAUGCUCCUAGCCAAGGUGAAGCACUGGCAACACAUAGGCAAUGCAGAUGUACAUCGUACAGGUUAACAACUUCAUUGAAUGUUCUCCUGAGUUGUGCGCACAGCUGAGUGUUUGUGAAGUGGAACUGUGGUGCACCUGUCUGGCUUUGCAGCUUGGCGAUCAGUACACUCUGCUAGCUAAUGCCAUUGCUCAUUCUUAAUGCACCGCAUCUGUUUGUAGUGCAAAAGUAGAAAUUAGGUAUUGGUCAUCACAGUCCACAUUGUUUUGCUCACUUCUUGUCACCUGUGAGUGACAGCAUACCAGCUUGUUCCACCCUUAACAGUGUUAGGUGUUUGGCACGAGGAGCACAUCAAAUUUUCAAGAUACAAAACUUGCGAUAAAGCCAGCUACCACGUUCAGCAGACACCUGCAUGUGCAAGAGGCUUUCCAUGUACACUGUUGUCCACACUGCUCUGUAGAGGCACAUGGAGCUGCUAGCAGCACCUGCCUGGUUGAUCACACGAACUGGGGGGAUGUUGGGUCGCACAUGCAAAACAGUGCGCCGACUUUGCUGUGAGCUUGGUUCUGUGCAUUCGUCUCCACCACUAUUAGAGUGCAACAUUCCGCUGUGCUGUUCUUCAAUGAGUGUCACCACACUGCACCUGUGUUAUUUGUCUGCACCAGUGGCACAUGCGUACAUGCCCCCCCACCCCCCUUGCCUGGCUCAGUGGCCAUGUCCUAAACGGUGGCCAAAUGUGGACCUCGGAGCGUGCUUUGUCACAUUUGAGAAAUGAUCAGUUCUUUAAGCACUCCUAAGUGCUUUCACGAAAUAAUGUUGGCAUAUUGCAGAGAAAUCAUCUCACUUGUGAUUCACCAAAGUGGUGGUGUUGGUGAACAUGUCACUCAGCCCAAUUUCUUAUGCACUGAGCAUGGCUCUGCUGAAGCAAACUCGUGUAUUAUUUUAAUGGCACACAUGUUCUACCUGCCAUGUCCUAGGUGACCCAGUUGCAGCGUGCUUCUUGUUGAGCCACCACAGCAUAGAUGCAUUUCUCAAAGAUGAACAGUUGCCAGUCUGGGUGCAUCAUGUAGCUUUCUUAUGUAGCACAAUAAGCAGCCAUAUGCAUGAUAUUCAUUAUCAUGUUAUGUCAGCAAAAAAUUACAUGAGAGCAAGCAACUUCCUUGCACCACUGAUAUGACCAUCAUGGCUGUGUGAGCGCAUGUCAGGUAGUGUACGAGUGACUGGUUACCCAGUUCUACAGUGGCUUGAAUGGUCACUUGCAGCACUUUUUGCCACUAACGUCAUACAAGAACAUUGCUCAUGCAAAGAGAACCCUAACACUGAUUCAGUUUUUGUGCAUGGCAUUUCGUUGCAAGGUGCCAUAUAAGUGAGUGACACAUGCAGAACCGUUAAUUUAUAGGCACUAGCACCUGGAAUACAGGAAAUUUUUGACCGCUCUGAAAAUGGUGAAGUCGUUUGGUGUUUCACUUGUGUGGCUGGUGUUCUAGCUGCCGGUGAAAAAUGCCACUGUGGGGCCUGGUGGGGGUGGUAUGAAGCUCCAGGUAGGGGCUGCUUGUACAUAUACGUGCAUGUUGUAUACAAAUAGGUAGGUGGGUAGGAAUGCGCUUUCCUUUUCUCGUCGUGCUCUUGAGUAACCUACUCACGCAUAAAUAUAUACAAAUGUUCACAGGUGCGGUUUUGCUCAAACUAGGGACUUUAGGGGAGAGGAGGCCGACACGUGACAUGUGAAUUAUUUUAGGCCAAUGGGAAGCCAUGGGGCAGUGUAAGGUGCCCACACCUUCCCUGCCUUCUGUUUUUUAUUUUCCCAAGUGCUGCAUUUUUUUGCAUAUGUGUGUGCAUGUGAUUGUACAAAGUAAUACCACGAUGGGGUCACAAAAACAGAUGGAAGGAAGUUUGUGAAUUAAACAGCACUGCAGCAGUUUUCACUACUUUUACGGCGAGAUGAAGAAAAGACAAGCUGUGAAUACUGAAUUUCGCCCUAUCUCAUUUUUUUGCUCGUUGAAGUCCCAUGUCACACAUCUGGUUUUUGAGAAGUUGUGGAAAAAAGUCAGUUUGUUGUGGACAAUGCUUAUUGUACGAAAAAGAAAAAAUAAUCAUGCAAGUGACAUUGUAAACACAGAUCUAUGCACUGUGUCUGCGUGUGUGUGUGUUGUUUCCAUCUCCGUGUGUGUUUCACCUGUGCACCAUGUGUCCAAGCGGGACUGUGCUUUUGUUGGUUUGUUUUCCUCUCUCCCCACAUGGGAGGAAAAGCGGUUCUGUAAAUAAAUAUUUUGUCAUGUAGGAUUCA